AUGGAUUUGAUCGACGACCGCGCAAUUCUGGACGAAGAAGAAGAUGAAGGAUCUUUCGACGAAGAUACGGGCGAAGUCAAACGGAAAUUGAAUGGAGCCAAUGGCCAUUUUGAAGACUCAUCAGAGGAAGAAGACGAUGACGAUGACGAAGAAGCUGCCGCAGAGGUAGCGGAGGGUUUCAUCGUGGACGAAGAUGAAGAUGACGAAGAGGCUCGGAGAGAGCGGAGGCGCGACCGAAAGAAACGCCGGCGUGAAGAACGCGAUCGAGAAGAUGAAGGCCUUGAUGAAGAGGAUCUCGAAUUGAUUGGCCUCAAACCCGCCGAAGAAGCCUCCGAACCGAAAUUCAAAAGACUGAAGCGUGGCCCAAGAGAAGAUCAAGAAACACAGCGUACAUAUGGCAUCAACGAUAUCUUUCGCGACUCAGAUGAGGAGGAAGAUGCUGAUCCAUAUGCCCGGCGAGUGAGUCGGCCAGGGCGAAGGGGCAUGCAAGAUGACCUCGAUGAUUUUAUCGAAGACGAUGUAUUUUCGGACGAAGAGCAGCAAAGACAACGCGAUGAUGAAGAAGUGGCUCGUCCUGCUAGAAGUCGUCUUCCAGACCUAGGCAUCGCGGAUGCCGCAGGCCUCGACGAAGCCGCCUUGGAGGACUUUCGCGCUGCAUUUGGUGAUGGAACUGACUACGACUUUGCAUUGGAGAAAGAAGAUGAAGCGGAUGAGCAGGAGGCGAAGAAGGACAAACACCUUGAUCUGAAGGAUGUCUUUGAGCCUUCUCAACUCGCGGAGAAAAUGUUGACGGAUGAAGAUAAUCUGAUCCGCCUCACUGACGAACCUGAAAGGCACCAACUAGCCAGAAAGCCAUAUCGCCAUAUCGAACUUACUGAAGCCGAGUUCAAAGAGGAAGCUGGCUGGAUAUCUGAUCUGAUGCUGCCAGAAAAGAGCUUGGAUCCCAAUCUCAAAGAGCCAUUUACGCAGGCCAUCAGUCAAUCUUUGGAAUUCCUGGUUCGAGAUGAUUUCGAACCCCCAUUUAUCUACAACAACCGCAAAGAUUAUUUGAUGCAUGUCACCUCUAAAGUCAUCGGUAGAGACGAACAAGGAAAUGCCCGUACCGCUCCGGAGACCACCAAACUUCUAAUCCAGGCAGACAUUUGGAAAAUUUUCGAGUGGGAUCUAAAGUUUCGUGCUCUGAUCGAAAAACGGCGGACAUUACAGAAAACUUAUGACGACCUGAAGACAACGUCUAUCUCGGAGGAUGUUACAUUUGAAGAGAUGCUUCCAGCCGCUGUGACAAUGGAGGAGCUCCAGGAUCUCCAAGACUAUCUAUAUUUCCAAUACGCGUCACAACUGAAAGAUCUCGCAUUGACCAGCAAUGGAGAACCUAAUGGAAUUGCUAUGUCGCAAAAGAAGGCCCUGACCAAGACGGUUUACGAGGAGAUUCGCUCGGCGAAAGCAUAUGGUCUAGUUAGAGCUUUUGGUAUCUCUGCCAACGCUUUCGCUGAAAAUGCAACCGGACAGGGUCAGAGAACAUACCCCGAGGAUCCUACAGAUAACCCGGAGAAUCUGGCGGAUUCUUUCGUUGAUGAUGAGUUCUCAACCUCGACGAAGGCCCUGAAAGCCGCGAAGUCUAUGUUUGUGGAAGAACUUUUUAUGAGCCCCAAAUUCCGCGGGUGUAUAAGGAAAAAUGUCUAUAUUCAAGGUGUGAUAGAUUGCCACCGCACUGACAAAGGACUGCGAAAGAUUGAUGAACAACACCCCUACUACGAAUUCAAGUAUCUCAGGAACCAGGAUGUCUCCUCCUGGUUCAAUCAGCCUGAACUCUUCUUGAAGAUGCUGAAGGCUGAAGAAGAAGGCUUAAUUGAGAUCAAAACUCGAUUGCUAAAUCAAGAAUCUUUCGUUAAGCAACUCCAUAAGCAUAUUGAGAGCGACAACUACUCUAGUGUGGCAGAUGCGUGGAAUGCAGAACGACAAGAGGUUGUAACUAUCGCUUUCGACAGGGUCAUGAAGCUGAUGAAUCGGCUGGUAAAGGAAAACCUGAAAGAACGGUGCGAAGAUAUUGUUGGCAAUUAUUGUCGCGAGGAGUUAGGCCUGAGGCUCGAUCAAGCUCCUUAUCAACCAAAAGGCAUGAAAAAAGGCACCACUCCUCGGGUACUCACUCUGACCAAUGGAGGCGGAGUUCCAGGCCGUGAUCACAUCUACUGGGCAUACGUUAGUGACGAUGGCAGAGUCCUCGAACACGGUCGGUUCAAGGAAUUGUCUCCAGGUGAUUCCGAGAAAGGCAUCCCUGAUGGCAAGGACGUGGAAGCUCUUCUGGAGGUAAUUCGACGAAGGGGGCCUGAAGUCUUGGGUGUUUCUGGAUGGUCCCCAGACACAAGAAAGCUUUAUUCAAACAUCACAACUCUCGUCCAGAGCCAUGAUCUUCGCGGUCCCAUUAUUGAAGACGAUGAUCGCGAACGGAGUGAGCCUUUGGAUGUCAUCAUUGUCAACGAUGAGGUUGCGCGGAUGUACCAAAAUAGCGAUCGUGCCAGGGUUGACCAUCCUGGCUUCGCACCGUUGGCCCUGUAUUGUGUUGCAUUGGCUAGAUAUAUGCAAAACCCUCUGGUGGAAUAUGCAUCCCUGGGACGAGAUAUCGUGUCAAUCAGUCUUCAUCCAGCACAGCACCUCUUGCCUCAAGAGAAAUUAUGGAAGAAGUUAGAGAUGGCAUUCGUCGACAAUGUCAACAUGGUUGGCGUUGACAUCAAUGAGGCUGUGAGCGACAGUGCUGUGGCCAGUCUACUCCCCUAUGUGAUGGGCUUGGGUCCACGGAAAGCCCAACACGUUCUCAAAGUCAUUAAUCUUAAUGGUGGGUACGUGACCGUUCGUGAAGACCUUUUGGGUAUCAAUGAUCCCCAUCAAGCAAUGGGUUUCAAGGUGUGGAGCAAUGCUGCUGGUUCCCUCAGCAUUGCUUUUGAGUUGUCUGAACCCAACUCAGAGUACCUUGACUCCACACGCAUCCACCCUGAAGACUAUGACAUUGCUCGCAAAAUGGCUGCUGAUGCCCUGGAAUUGGAUGAAGAAGAUAUUGAGGCUGAAAGACAAGAGGGUGGGUCAGCCGCAAUUGUGCGUCGAUUGAUCAAAGAUGAAGCCCAAGAUCGUGUGAAUGAUCUUGUUCUCGAGGAGUAUGCCGAGCAAUUGGAGAAAAAUCUCCAUUCCAAGAAGCGGACGACUCUAGAGAAUAUUCGCGCUGAGUUAAUUGAGCCAUAUGAAGAGAUCAGAGCAACCUUUCACAGCAGCCUCCGGGAGACUGAAAUCUUCACCAUGCUCACUGGCGAGACGAAGGAAUCUCUGCAAAGGGGCAUGAAUGUGCCUAUCAUUCUGAAGAAGGUUUCAGAUAUGACGGUAAUUGGCAAACUGGACUGUGGACUGGAUGCCAUUGUGGAAAUGGAACAAUUUGCAGAGAAUGGAAUCUCUCCAAAGCAACUAUAUGCGGUGCAUCAAACAGUACAGGGGCACAUCACAUCCAUCAACCGAAAAGACUUCAGUGUGACUGUUAGUCUGAGAGAAGAUCAACUGAAAAAGCCCUUCGUUCGCUUCAGUCAUGUUGAUCGAAAUUAUAACGAAUGGGACGACAGAGAAGAGGCAGCAGAUAGGAAGCUCCUGCAGGAGAAGACGGAUUCGGGGAGCCGAGUGACUCGUGUCAUCAAGCAUCGUUUCUUCCGACCAUUCAACGCCAAGCAAGCCGAAGAAUACCUGGGCAGUCAAAAUCGUGGUGAUGUGGUGAUACGGCCCUCGUCCAAGGGUACAGAUCACCUGGCAGUCACAUGGAAAGUGGCUGAUGGGAUAUUCCAACACAUAGAUGUGCUCGAACUGGACAAAGAGAACGAAUUUUCUUUGGGCAAGACAUUACGAAUUGGUGGCAGAUACAACUAUUCAGACUUGGACGAGCUGAUUGCCUUGCACGUUGAGACCAUGGCCAAGAAGGUCGACGAGAUGUGCGGCCACGAGAAGUUCCAGGACAAGUCUAAAGCUGCUCUCGAGGAAUGGCUGACCACUUACACCAACGCGAAUCCGAAACGAUCUAUGUAUCAGUUUUGUAUCAAUCGAGAACGACCUGGACAAUUUCAUCUUGUUUUCAAAGCCGGCCAGAAUGCUAAGUUGAUGGACUGGUCUGUUAGGGUGAUACCAUCGGGGUUUGAGCUGAUGAAACAACCAUACCCAACAAUGCGAGAUUUGUGUAACGGCUUCAAGCUGCUCUUUCAGAACAUGCAUCAAUCAGCAUCAAUUAGGCAGAGCGGACGAAGGUAG